AUGUCAACGUGGCAAGAAGUAGCCGAGGCCAAGCGUGCUCAGAGGGAGGCGCUCAUCCCUGAAGCUUACAAGGUCGCAGCUGCAUUUCUGCCUGAUAUCAGCACCGACUCUGUCGUCGAUUUCCCCAGCGAGACGGGGAUCCUUUCGGAGCGCGAAGUCGAGAUCACCGAGACCGACGACGUUUCCGUGCUCUUGAAAAAGCUGGCAAGUGGCCAAUACACAGCUGUCGAGGUGCUGGAGGCGUUCAUCAAGAGAACAUGCAUUGCGCAUCAGCUGGUCAACCCUCUGACGGAGAUUUACUUCGACGAUGCCAGGAAGCUGGCAGCUGAGCUGGAUGCUGAGCUGAAAGCGACGGGAAAAGUCCGCGGUCCCUUACAUGGCCUGCCUAUGAGCGUCAAAGACCAGUUCCAGAUCAAAGGAACGGACGCCACCAUCGGCUACGUGAGUUACGCGAACAAGCCUUCCACCUCGGACUCGGUGCUGGUCGAGCUUGUCAAAAAGGCGGGUGCGGUGCCGUUCGUCAAGACCAACUUGCCGCAGACCAUCAUGUACUCCGAAACUUCGAACCUACUCUGGGGCACAACGCUGAACCCGCACAAUCGUACGCUGCAUCCAGGCGGCUCGUCUGGUGGGGAAGGUGCGUUGGUGGCCAUCAAGGGAUCGCCGCUGGGCGUGGGCACCGACGUGGGCGGAUCAGUGAGAAUUCCUGCCGCUCUGUGCGGCGUGUUUGGACUUCGACCAUGCUCGCACCGAUUCCCAUACGAAGGUGUAGUCAACACGCUGCUCGGCCAGAUCACGGUUCCUUCAGUGCUCGGUCCACUCAGCCGGUCGCUUUCCGGCUUGACCGAGUUCUCCAAGGCGGUAUUGGCACAGCAGCCGUGGCUGUUGGAUCCCCAGACGCCGUUGAUGCCGUGGAACGAAGAACGAUUCCAGCAAGCACGUACACAGAAUAAGCUCAACAUUGGCGUCAUGUGGCACGAUGGUCACGUCAAGCCGAUGCCGCCGUACGAGCGGGCCAUCAAAGAGGUGCUCUCUGCACUUCCGGGCCACCACGACGUGGUCGACUUUGAGCCGUUCAAAACCGCAGAGGCGAUGGGGAUCUUGACAGAGGCGUUCGUCGCUGACGGAGGCAAGGACAUCUCUGCUUCGAUCGCACCGCUCAACGAGCCGUUGGGACCUUGUCUGUCCGGUGUCGGAAAGAACGAGUUCACUGGCCACCAGGUGUGGCUGGCCAACAAGCGUAAGCUCGAGUUUCAAAAAGCUUAUCUCGAUCACUGGAAUGCGACGGCCAAGCAGACCAAGGAUGGGCGUCCCAUCGAUGUGCUCAUCGUGCCUGGUAUGGCGUAUACGGCGAUUGAGCCGGGCAACGACAUCUAUGUCGCCUACACGGGCCUGUUCAAUCUGGUCGACUACCCAGUUGUGGUGCUGCCCAUCACAAAGGUCGACCCCGCCGUCGACGGUAAAGCGCCGACGCGCAGCGAGUUCUUGUCGGAAGACGAUGAAAAGUGGUCAAAGAAGUGGAAUGCCGACAAGCUGGUGAACGCUCCCGUCAGCAUCCAGAUCGUAGGCAGGAGGUACGAGGAGGAAGCGUUGCUUGGCUAUGCCGAGCAGCUCUGGAAGGCUUUCACUGGCGCUGGUGCUGCCGCCUAG